CAUCCUUUUUUUUGCAGACUAUCUCAAGAAGUAUGGGGUAUGCUUUGCGCCCUCCUAUCAUUCUUUUGAAAGAGGGAACAGACACUUCACAAGGAAAAGCGCAGCUUAUAUCAAACAUAAAUGCUUGUGAAGCACUUGUAGACACCAUUAGAACCACUUUAGGCCCUAGGGGGAUGGAUAAGCUCAUUGUGGAUGGAAAAGGUAAGGUAACUAUCUCAAAUGACGGGGCUACCAUCAUGAAGUUACUAGAUGUUGUCCAUCCGGCGGGUCAUGUCCUCGUUGACAUCGCAAAAUCUCAGGAUGCUGAAAUUGGAGAUGGGACCACCAGUGUUGUACUGCUAGCAGGAGCUUUUUUGAAAGAAUGUAAACCAUUUAUCGAGGAAGCUGUACAUCCUCAAGUCAUUGUGCGCUCUUUUCGGCUUGCCACUCAGUUGGCUUUAAAUCGGAUCGACGAAGUUGCUGUAAAACACUCUUUCAAGGAUCCCACAGAAAAAAGAGCGCUUCUUGAGAAGGUGGCCUUUACGUCCAUGUCCUCCAAACUUAUUAGUACGCACAAAGAAUUCUUUUCAAAGCUUGUCGUGAAUGCCGUCUCUGUUCUGAAUGCUGAUCUUCCCCUGGAUAUGAUCGGCAUCAAGAAAGUUCCCGGUGGUUCUUUCGAGAGUUCUUUUCUGGUUCGAGGGGUCGCCUUCAAAAAAGCUUUUUCCUAUGCAGGAUUCGAAAUGGCUCCCAAAAAGUAUGACAAUCCGUUGGUUUGCUUGUUGAACAUCGAGCUUGAAUUAAAAGCCGAGCGCGAUAAUGCCGAAAUUCGUGUAGACAAUGUGGAGGAAUAUCAAAGAAUUGUCGAUGCCGAGUGGACCAUUCUUUACCAGAAGCUUCAAAGAAUUGUUGAAUCCGGUGCCAAAGUUGUUCUUUCAAAGUUACCUAUCGGAGACGUAGCUACUCAGUUCUUUGCCGAUCGCGACGUUUUCUGCGCCGGUCGAAUCCCCGACGACGAUAUGAGGCGAACGGCGAAGGCUUGCAGCGGCUCUGUCCAGACAUCUGUGGGUAAUCUCGGUCCUAGUCUCGGCCGUUGUGGAUUGUUUGAAGAAAUUCAGAUUGGUGGUGAGCGGUUCAAUAUAUUUAGUGACUGCCCCCAGACGCAAACAUGCACGCUCAUUCUGAGAGGCGGGGCAGACCAAUUUAUUGCGGAGACAGAGCGGUCCCUGCACGACGCCAUCAUGGUAGUGAGGAGAACCCUAAAGAACGAGGCGGUGGUGGCUGGCGGCGGCGCAAUCGAGAUGGAGCUGAGCCGGUACCUUCGAGAGUAUUCGAGAACAGUUGCAGGAAAAUCGCAGAUGUUGAUUGCAGCAUAUGCGAAGGCCCUUGAAGCCAUUCCGCGACAACUUUGCGAGAACGCCGGCUUUGAUAGCACUAAUAUCCUUAACUUACUGAGGAACAAGCAUCACAACGGCGGCCUUUGGUACGGCAUCGAUAUUACUACUGAGGGAAUCGCUGACAACUAUCAACGUUUCGUUUGGGAGCCCGCCGUUAUGAAGAUAAACGUUUUAAAAGCUGCUGCUGAAGCGGCCUGCGUGGUCUUGACGGUGGACGAAACGGUCAAAAAUCCGAAGUGCCAAGACGACGUCUCGCAGCAGGCAGCACGAAAGGGCCGUGCGGGCGGAGUGCCACGGUAGUAGCGAAAGUACAGUUUAUUAACUGUUUAUAUUAAAACUUACUCAUGAUUCCAU